AUGCCUGAAUCUUCGUCAUCGUUUUCCGCCGAAUCCUACUUCGCUACUCAACCACCACCAUCUGGCUUAGAGCACGAUAUCGAGGGAGUGAAGCAGUUCGUAAGACGGCAGCAAGAGGAAGGAAGAAAUGUCGUGCUAAUUACAAGCGGAGGGACGACAGUCCCUUUAGAACUCAAUGUUGUACGAUUUCUAGACAAUUUCAGUGCUGGUACUCGAGGUGCAACCUCUGCUGAAUACUUUCUCAAAGCUGGAUAUGCGGUCCUUUUCAUGCACCGGCAAUUCAGUCUCCAGCCAUUCAGCCGUCAUUAUUCACAUUCUACCAAUCCGUUUCUAGAUUUCUUGGAAAUUGAACCAGGAGUUGAAGAAAGCUCUUCAUUUACAUCUUCCGGGGCAGGAUCUGGAGAAUCGCAGAUUUGCGUAACGCUAGACAAACGAGAAAAGCUCCUGGAAGUUCUAACCGUAUACAAAGCGGUACAUGCCGCCGGAACGCUCCAUACCUUGACGUUCGUCACAGUGAACGAUUAUCUUUGGCUUUUGCGCGCAGUCAGCCAGGAAUUGAGCGUGAUGAAAAGAAAAGCGAUGUAUUAUCUGGCCGCUGCUGUUAGCGAUUUCUUCUUGCCCAGGCAGAAGAUGUCGGAGCACAAAAUCCAGUCAGGCAAAGGCUCUUUGCACAUCGAGAUGGACCAAGUGCCCAAAAUUUUGAAGCCGAUGGUGGAUAAUUGGACUGGGAAAGAUGGGUUUGUUGUUUCGUUCAAGCUGGAAACGGACCCUGCUCUCCUGAUUCCAAAAGCAGAAACAUCUCUUCAACGUUAUGGACAUCAGGUGGUUAUAGGAAACGACCUCAACCGGCGAAAGUUCGAGGUCGUAUUCAUUUCGUGGAAGGACGCGUUGCCGUCUUCAUCUAUAGACACGGCGGAUUCGAGUUCAUCUUUCGCAGAAUCAUGGCUUCGAAUCGAUCCCCAUGACCACAACAAGGAGAUAGAGGAAGAUAUAGUUGCAGAAUUGGUCAAAAGACAUGAGAUGUGGAUUGCAGGAUGGAGACUGAAGAAUAAGGCGAACAGGAACCUGCGUGAACUCCUGUCCGCUUAUAAAUCCUUUUCGAAAACGAAUAACCCUGCCGAAGACAAGAUUUAG